AUGAAAGCCAUAAAAUGCUGGGUGACAGCAUGGCUGCUCUCCGAAGCACAGGAGACCGAGCAGAAGAGCAAGUACCAAGACGACCAUGUCUCGGCGAUCAAAGCGCGACUUCAAGUCUGGGCAUCCACUUGGGAGGAAUCUUCGACUGGCCGCGGUGCCGUUCUGAAGACCAUCCGGGAGCACAUGGCCGCCGUCAGCUUCGAUGUUGCAAGCACCUAUGCCACUUGGGCUGCAGAGCUCCCAAGUUCUGCAGGGAAUUAUGUCGUGGCCGCUGCAGUGUCUGAAUCGGUGGCACUUCUGCCAGAGUGCCUUGAAGAGCUCAAAAGCAAGAGCGAGCUUCAGUCAAGAUGCCCGCAAAAGAUGUACAAGAUCGCCAUCCAAAAGCUCUUCAGCAUGGGCGACGCUGACGGCGCUGAGCUGGUGUGGAAGCGUGCUCGACAACUCUUCCGUGGCUCGACCCGUGCGUUUCCUGAAAUGCUCCCGGAGGAGGAGGCGGCAAUUCCUUGGCCCUCCGCGCUGCAAACGCCAACCGUAUGGGUGCGUGGAUUGCGUGAAAAGUCCUUCUGGGAUUGCUACCAGGCAUGGCCAUUUGUUCGAACACUGGAGGCCCAGGCAGGCCGAAUUCUCAGCGAAGCUAUCGAUGUGGCACCCAAGCUCACGCGAGCGUACCCUUACCUUUUCACACAAGGGUCUUGGCAAAACCUCUUCAUUUUCAGGGGCCGCACGUGGAACACGGAAGUCUGUGAUGUGAUGCCUCGAACUUGCCAGCUACUUGUGCCCGAGAUCCCGACCAAACCUGGCCUCCCCACGGUUGUCCCCAACAACGAAGAGAUUGUGCUCUUCCGGUCCAUGGAUGGUGCUUACGUGGGACCACACAGUGGUGCCGUCAACAAUCAAAUCAACAUCCACCUGACCUUAAAGGGUGGCCAGGGGGCUUUCUUGAACGUGGCUGGAGAUCGGCGCGAGCUCAAAGCGGGGAAGGCAAUGUGCUUUCAGGACAGCUAUCUCCACAGCCUUGAGCACACCUGUCAGAACGGUUCGGAUGAUUGCAAUGAGCGACUAUCGCUGGUGGUGCGUGUGCUCCAUCCGGACUACGAUGCUCGGAGUUUUCGUGGGACUUCGGCCACGGAGGCGGAAGGGCCACUUGAUGCCUUCAGCGAGACGACAGCUCUGCGUGCGGAGCUGUCCCGCUUGCGCGAGCAGUACCGCAAGCUGUCGGACAGCUCCGAAGAUCUAGGUGAAGAGCCCUGCAAGGCUCCUGUACCAACGGAUGCGGAGGUGAAGAACGCGAAGAAGUUGUUUACGUUCCUUAGCCAGGAGUUCCGCGGAUGGACUGAUGUCGAGGAGGAGCCCAUCGACGCCAUAGUGGUGCUGUCAAACUGGUACGACCGUCUUUCCAAAGUCAGAAAGGUGCUGGAACUGGCUGCCAAAGCUCGCAGCGUGCCGAUCGUCGUUGUUGGAGGCCGUGGCCGGCUGAGCUCUAUCAGAGCUGCCGAGUUGGAUGGGGAGGCCCAUGCCACCUUGGCGAGGCUGCUGGUACUGCUGGAGGUGCCAGGAGAGCUUGGAACGCUGGGAACAAACAGAGUAGUUGCCAUCAGCUGCAACGAGUGUCCCACGCCGGAGCUUCGAGCCAAGUGCGGUUGUGUGGGCAACACUGGCUUUAACACUGACCGCUUCCUGGAGUGGGCUGCAACGUAUUUGCCACCUCUAGUUCACAGACCUCGACGUGUGGUCGUCGUGGAGGAAUCUUACCUCGUGCGCCGAGUGACAGCAACUGUCCUGGGUCGCCUUUCUGGCAUGACUGGGACCCCCAGACAUGUUCACAAUCAUUCGACCAUGCAGGUGAGCAUCGUGAAUGCCAGGGAAGCCAGCCCUUUGGAUCAGCUCCUCCAGGUGCAUGAAUCCAUGCCCAGCGCCAUGAUGCAGCUGAUGGCCGACGAGGUCGCACGACUCGAAAAUUAUUCGAGCCAAGAUGCAGGUUCGCCGCGACUCUUCUCAAAAGCCUUGUUCCUCGGAGAUGUCCAGGCAGCACUAUCUGGCGACAAGGCCGGAAGUGCCCAGACAAGCUCGGAAGCAGAGUUCCGACACGUUUGGGGUUUGGGCAAAGAGCUUUCUGCAAAGUAUGCAGCGCCAAUGGAAAAGGUCGCUCGGGACAGGCGGCUAUUCUGGAGGUGCGUGGCUCCCAGGGACUCGGAAGGCAUGGCCACUUGGACUGUGCCGGAGGCUCCGGGUGAGGCCUGGGGCUUCUGGCGGAAAGCCGAUGACUGCGAGUCGGGGAAAUGA